AAAAGAUAGAAAUUUUAGUUAGGUCAGCAAAGAUAAAUUGUGGUAUGACCUUAUUUUUCCAUAAUUUUAUGGCUUAUACUAAUGGAACUUAUGACUUUUCGACACGCUACUAACAAGUAGUCUAGAGACGGAAAGUCUAUCCAUGUACUUGGUCAAAUAGAAAAUGAAUUUGUACACGGAAAGUUGGCAAAGAAAUUUUCCUUCUUCCUCUCUGCCUCUCUCUGAUCUGAGCUGGGGGAGAGAAAAACAAUCGAAAGAAGAAUAAAGAUUUGUUUACUAUAGAGAUCAAUAGAGGAGAGUCAGUUAUACAAUGGAUGAGAUAAUGAACAAGGUGGGUUCUUACUGGCUUGGUCAGAGAGCCAACAAGGAGUUCAAUUCCGUCGGCGAUGACAUUAACUCCUUGCAAAGCAGUAUCGAAGGAGGAAGCAAAUGGCUGGUGAACAAGAUUAAAGGGAAAAUGCAAAAGCCGUUGCCAGAACUGCUGAAGGAGCAUGAUCUUCCAGUAGGCAUUUUCCCUCGUGAUGCGACCAACUACGAGUUUAAUGAAGAAACCAAGAAGCUCACCGUCUAUAUUCCAUCAAUAUGUGAGGUUUGUUACAGGGAUUCAUCUGUAUUACGCUUCUCUACCGCUGUUACUGGGUACUUGGAGAAAGGAAAGCUGGCUGACAUAGAGGGAAUAAAAACGAAGGUGAUGAUCUGGGUAAAAGUUACUGCAAUUUCAUCUGAAAAAUCUAAGUUUUACGUCACGGCUGGGUUGAAAAAUUCCCGCAGUAGAGUGGAUUAUGAAGUGUUGAGAGAUGGAUUUACUGUAGAUAAAUUCUAGUGCGAUCAACUCGAGAUGACCUUUAAGAUUGUACAGUAGUAUAUUUCUGAUGCCUUUUAAGGGCAAUCUGGCUCGCUCUUGGUUCUUUGUUUGAGUUGUUGUUAUGACUGCUAUGUGAUACAGUUGUGUUGAUAUUACUAUUUAUAAGUUUGGGGAUUUAAUUUAUAAUGUUAAUUGAACUUUGCGAAAUAUAAAGACGUGGAAUCUUAUAGUAUAA